UUCAAGGUCCGACCCAGAAAGAGACGUAACCGACGGAGUAGGCAAAGCCCUAAAUAGCUCAAUCGAUGAACUCUGAAGUCUUCAAUGGCUACGACGAGCGGACUCGACGCCUCAGGUACGGUAAAUGAGAUCAAUGGGUUAUCAAAUGAGUCUGUGAAAGAAACUAGUCCCAUUUCAAACUCCAAGGCAGAACCAGAAGAAAAUAAAAGUAAAGCUCGGGUAGAUGCUAUGUGGGAGCAAAUGAAUAAAGGCCUACCUAAUAAGACGCUCAAAAUUUUUUCAAACAAGCAUAGUUCGAUUGUGAAUAAAAACUCAAAGAAUUCAUCCAAGAAUUUGAUGGCGUAUCUGGGCCUGGCACCAAAGAAUACAAUAUCUCCUGGACAACAUGUACUGCCGAAGGAACCUGGUGUCAUGCAGGAUAGCACCAGUGAUGAGGAAAAGAGGCUUGCUGCUGCUGCUGCUCUUUCAGCAGUUAAGGAUGCUGCAGAGGCCAAGAUGCCUGCUGCUGCUGCUGUUGUUUCAGGAGUUAAGGAUGCUGCAGAGGCCAAGAGGCGUGCUGCUGCUGCUGCUCUUUCAGCAGUUAAGGAUGCUGCAGCUGCUGCAGCAAGCAGGGGGAAAGUUGAGAUCUCUGAGGUUCGGGACUUUGCCGGGCAAGAAAUUGAAGUCAAGAAGCUUGUUGAUGCUGAUUCAAAGGAGGCUUCUGAAAAAGCUAGAGGUUCUGCAUCUUCUGCUGUUGAUGCUGUACUUGAACAAAUCAAGAAGAAACCAAAGCUCAGUGUGCUUGACAAGUCAAAAAAGGAUUGGGGGGAGUUCAAGGAUGAAAAUAAGGGGUUGGAGGAUGAAUUGGAUGCUUACAAGAAGAGCUCAAACCAGUAUUUGGAUAGGGUAUCCUUCUUGCAACGAACAGAUUACCGGGAGUUUGAGCGGGAGAGAGAUGCACGGCUGGCUCUGCAGGCCAGGAGGAGGCCAGAUAUGCGGGAGGAGCCAUGAUGGCAUGAGACUCAAAUUUCUCCAUAGUUGAUGGUUUGUACCAUUGCCUUGUAAAAAUUGCAAAGAGGAGAGAUGGUGGAGAGUUGCUGAUAAUUUUUAUGAAGGUCUUUGCUUUCAAAGAGGAAAUAAGACCUUCGAUAUUGUUGGUGGGGAUAUGAUGCGUGUAGGUUUUAUAAAUCCUCAACAGGUAUUGGGAUUUCCUUUUAUAGGAUCAUUCCGAGGCCAGAAUAAUAGGCUUUUAUUGAAUAUCAGCAAAGUAUUUGUCCUCUUAUUUAAUUUUUUUUUGGUGGGAUUGUGGGUCUCAUGUUUCUUAGAGCUUGAGGCAUGCACUACCACUUGAUGAAACAUAAAGGAUGACAUUUCGUUUCCUUCGUCUAACCCUUCAUUAUUUCUUUC